AUGAUCUCCUGCCUCGGGUGGAUCCCGAAGGCUACCAUGAUGGCCGUCCCGGCCGUCGCCGGCCCCCCGCCCGGCGAAGGCGAUCGAAUCUCCCGACCGCCCCGAGGCGGCGCAUCCUCUGGGGAUUCAUCUGGGGAUGAUGAGCCCGCGGACGCAUCGGAUGGGAUGGCGGUGGAGCGGGAGGGGGGCGAGGGGAGGGACGCGGAGUUGGCACGUGCGAUGGCGGUGGCGGCGGAAAUGGGUGCGAAAUCGGCGGCCGCGAUGGAGAAGGAUGAUGUGGAAGGCCGGGGUGUGGGGGGUGGAGAGGGCGACCCGCUGGCAGAGCUGGACAUGGACCACUACGACAGCUCGGGGGACGAGGAGCCUGUGGUGGCUAGGAUCAUGCGGUCGAGACAAGGGGGCGAAAUGGCACCUGAUGAGGACCCUUACAUGGAAUUUGGCGAUGCCAGUGACGAAGAAGACAGUGAUGCAGACGACUGGGCCUUUAGGCCUGGCGACUUAGUCAUCCCUGCCACGAAAGUGGAGGAGGAGAUCUACUCCCUGGAGCUGUGGGUCUACGAAGAGGCUGAUGACGAUGAUGCAGGGAACUUGUACGUACACCAUGACCUGAUGCUUCCUGCAUUCCCACUGAGUUUAGCUUGGAUGGAUGUGAAACCGAACAUGGGGGGAGAGGACAAGGCCAACAUUGUGGCCGUAGGGAGCAUGGAACCGGGCAUCGAGCUGUGGGAUAUAGAUGUGGUGGACAGUGUGGAGCCUGUUGCGACCCUUGAUGUGGAAGGGAAGAAGCGAAAGAAGUAG